AUGCGCAAGAAUUCUCGAUGGGCCGUAAAUGCCGGUAUACAACGGAGACGAGAUGCGCAACUUGCGACUAAUAUGGGCCUCCGGCGGGGAGCUUUGGAUAAUCAACCACGUUCACCAGGUCCAAGGCGCGAGGUAGACCUAAUGGGCGGGUUCGAAUACUUGAAGCGAAAAAUAAGAGAUGUACAAGAUGUACACGAGAUACCGAUCAUUGAGAUUCUCGAACCAUUUGUUGCGGUAAUAAGUACUCCUACCUCCACAGGACCGAUCACGACCGCAGCACUCAAUGCGAUCAACAACUUCUUUGUCAACGGAGUGAUGGUACCAGACCAAUCCAUUAUACCGUGUCUUUCCGAGCUCAGCGGUGCCCUGUCGCGCUGCGUUUUUGAACCAAGUGAUUCAGGGCGAGAUGAAGCAGUACUCCUCAAGAUAAUCGCUGUUAUUCAAGAUUUUAUAUGUAGCCCAUGUGGCACUCGUAUCAGUGAUGUUGAGGCCUGUGAAAUGUUGGAAAAGGUAUUGACUAUAUGCUGCCAAAUGCGGUCGAGUGAGGUCUUGCGUAGAACAGCGGAAGCAAAUAUGCAAACAAUAAUUCGGGAGAUAUUUGGUCGGCUUCGUAAAUUAGAUCCAGUUACGGAAGAACAGCGUAUGCGACAGGAAGAAGAAGAGGCCAGCGCAGACAUGAGGCUAACACUCUCACCGACCAUAGUAACGAAUUCGCUUCCGGGAGCUGAUGGUGGUGUAUUAGAUCAAGCUCAUACACCAGCUCCACAUGAAGCUGAAGCUGAACCCCAUCCUUAUGGAUUACCGACCGUUGCUGAAGUCCUUCGAGUGCUGAUCAACCUACUCGACCCCAAUGACCAGCAACAUACGGACACUAUUCGUCUUACGGCUUUGGGCAUCAUCACUGCUGCCCUAUGCACAUGUCUACCGAACCCCAACCCAGAAACUUCAGAAAAACAAUUAUCCCCUUAUAUUCUGAUGCAGUUCCCCUCGCUUGUUACGUUGCUUGCCGAUCGUGGGUGUCGCCAUCUAUUCUUACUCGCCCGAGCAGAGGCACCUGCAUUACGACUCGCCGCCUUCAAAGCCAUUGCAACUUUGUUCGAAGUCGCACGACCGAGCCUAAAGCUACAGAGAGAACUAUUCUUAUCUUUUCUGGUGGCUAGACUAGAGCCGGUAGGUCCUAUUUUUGACGGUAGGUCACCUGGGAGACUUGGCACGGAGACGCCAACUGGAGGACCACGACCAAGCACCCCGGCCCUAGGCACACCAAAAACGCCCAGCCUAGGCACUCCCAAAGCCGGGGCCGUGUCGGGGAACGUCGAGCCUGAGCUGCGAGAAUUAAUGCUCGAAGUUUUGAUUCUCUUGUCGAGGGAGCCAAGUUUCAUGGUAGAUCUAUGGGCUAAUUACGAUUGCGAUGUCAAUUGUGAGGAUAUAUUUGAAAGGCUUAUUGGGUUUCUAGCUAAGUCUACAUACCCACUGAUGGGAAUCGGGGGACAGCAACAAUAUGCCUCAAGACUAUUGGCAUUAGAUAUGCUCUUGGCGUAUGUAGAUCGAAUGCAUGCACGAGCCGAAGCACCGGAUGCCGCUAGCAACUGGACCAAUAAUAAUAUGACGCCCGAUUCUUUGCUUCAUACAAAAUCGCAGAAGCUACUUGUGCUUACAGCUGCACAAAAGUUCAACGAAAAGCCUAAGAAAGGCGUCGCAUUCAUGCUCGAGAAUGGGCUAGUGGACUUCCGGACGGAGGAGUCAGAUGUACUUGCGGAAAAGUCAGAGGAAGCCAUCCAAACUGAAAAGGAGAAACCCAAGCCAGCCGACCCAAAGAGCCUGGCACGCUUCCUGAAGAAUUGCCCCAGAUUGGAUAAAAAGGUCUUAGGGGAGUAUAUAUCCCAUCUUGAUAACCCAGAACUAUUGAAGGAGUUUAUUGGACUCUUCGAUUUUCGAGGAAAACCGAUUGCUGACGCCAUGCGGGAACUAUUGGAGUCUUUCAGACUACCAGGAGAGGCUCAGCCCAUUGCACGCAUAACUGAAACAUUUGCGAAGCGGUUUUUCGCAUGUGAGCCACCGGGUAUCAAGUCGGAGGAUGCGGUCUUUGUGUUGUCUUAUUCAGUUAUUAUGUUGAAUACUGACCUACACAAUCCUCAAAACCGGAAACGGAUGACUAUAACCGACUACCAGAAGAACCUCAAGGGUGUCAAUGAUAACACUGAUUUCGACCCUGAAUAUUUGCAAGCUAUUUAUGACAGUCUACGAAAACGAGAGAUCGUGAUGCCGGAGGAACAUACUGGCCAGCUUGGGUUUGAUUAUGCAUGGAAAGAACUCUUGUUACGAUCGAAAUAUGCAGGAGAAUACAUAGUCUGCAACACCUCGGCCUUCGACAAGGACAUGUUCGAGCUCACAUGGCAACCUGUCAUCCAAGCUAUCGCUUUUGCUUUCACCAAUAUAGACGACGACUAUGUAAUUGAACGAGCGAUUGCCGGAUUCCGUCAAUGUGCGACACUGGCUGGUUACUUUAAACUUCCCGAGGUGUUCGAUUUUGUUGUUGGGCAGUUAUCACAAGCAACUGGACUCUUGGGUAGUCCAAUGCUAAGCCGUUCAACUGUCUAUCCAAUCGUGCAAGUGGAAGGGCAGAACGUAACCGUCUCUCCCUUGUCUGUCAAGUUCGGGACGAACUUAAAGGGUCAACUUGCUGCGGUAGUGCUAUUCAACAUUGCGAAUGGCAACGGAAACGCAAUUCGAGAGGGAUGGGGACAGGUGUUUGAAAUGUUUGAAACACUAUUCUUCCACUCACUUCUCCCAAUGCGCAUGCUCCAAAUGGAAGAUUUCCUCGGAGGUGUCUCAAUGAUACCAUUACAAGGCGGCCCUGCUCUCACCCCGGCUCAGAAUCGCUCCGACACUGGACUCCUGUCAGCACUAUCUUCAUAUUUGCUCACGCCUUAUGGGUCCGGCUCCGAGAAUGUCAUGUCUCAACCGAAUGACGAAGAUAUUGAAAAUACGAUGAGUGCUAUUGACUGUGUGACUUCCUGCCAGUUAGACGAACUAUACGGACAGAUCAUGUCGCUUGAACUCCCGGCAUUAGUUGCUGCGAUGAAGGCUUUACAAGCCUUGGCGGAUAGGCGUGCUUCGUUAAAGGUGCCUCCUGCAGAUGAGGCGCCAACUGGUCCGACAACUCCAGUUGACCCCUCGCCGUCAGAGAAUCAACUUCCCUACGAUCCCACUUCAGUGUUCCUGUUGGAGACAAUGGUCAGCAUAGCUGUGCAGACCUCCAGUCAUAUUGAAGAGACCUGGCCUAUCGUGUUUGAGCAUUUGUCAAUGAUUCUAUCAUCUUCGAUAAACUACAGUGUGUUGUUAGUGGAGCGAGCCGUUGUCGGACUUCUCCGACUGUGCCGCAUUGCGGCCAACCAGCCGAGCCUGAGGGACCAGAUUUACAUUCGCUCGAUACCCUUGGGGGACUCCCCACCAGUCUUCAACGCGGUCACAGAACAGAUUGUUGCUGGCCUGGCACUGCUAGUUCAAGAACAUCCAACCAUCAUAUCCUCUCAAACCGAAUGGGCAUUAGUCUUUAGCCUCCUCCGCGGUUCCAUUGUAAAUGCUGAAGCAUCCAAGACGGCGCUCGACUUAUUAGUUCAGAUCGCCUCGACCCCUGAACGCGUGUCUUCCGAUAAUGUGAACGGGCUCAUUACAUCUCUUGAAGAGUUUGCGAUCGCCGCAGGAGCUGGCGUAGCCGGCAGCGACAGAGGCAGGCACGCGCACCACCACCACCUCUCCAAUCGUAAGAACCCAACCGUUGAGCGUGGCGUCAAGGCCAUCGCAACCCUGGCAGAGCUCAAGAAGGCAAUUACCGAUCUGGGUCUCUCUCAAGACGCCUACUGGUCCAUCUGGAUCAACUUGCUCUCCGUUUUGGGAAGGCAGAGUGUGAAUCCAUGCCAAGAUGUACGACACGCGUCGCUCGGACACCUCCAGCGCAUCCUACUGGGCACGCAAGAACCUGAUGAGCGCUCGGCCGAGAUAUUCGACAGGGUCGUGUUGCCGAUGGUUGAGGAAUUGCUAAACCCACCAGUCGUGGCGCGUGAUCCGGAAGGAUUCACGGAGACCAAGUUGCGCGCGUCUGCGUUGUUGUGCCGCUCGUUUUUGCAUUUGCAGGCUCACCCUGAGAGUCUGAACCUGCAGACCAAGGUGCUUUGGUUGAAGAUUAUCGAUGUCAUGCGAGGGUUCUUGAAGACUGGACGGAGAGACCAACUUGCAAGUACACGUUUAAUUGCCAAGACUCAUAAACUAAAAUUACUUUUUCAGGCUGAAGCGAUUCCUGAAUCUCUCAAGAACGUAUUACUUGUACUCAAUGCGAGCGGUAUACUUCUCUCUCCAACAUCACCCGACACUCGGACCGAGCUCCAACAGGAACUAUGGCACGACACCGUGCUUAGGAUAGACGAGUUCUUACCUGGACUCAUGGAAGACCUCUUUCCCCCCCCCACCCCCACCUCCACAGUCUGA